CUUGCUUCCUUACCAUCACCACUAAUGACUUCCACCAUCGACCCAAAGUCCAUUGGCAGGCCUGCGCGUCCUCGCAGGCAUGUGAGGACUUUGACUGGCUACUUUCCGGAGAUAGACGAAACUGGAAAAGAGAAGUGGCCUAGAGGUGACGAAAAGAUAUGGAAGGCGGGUAUGCGAGGUGUCGACACUGACGUCGCUUCCAUCACCAAGUCCUUCGUGAACCACGUUCAGACCUCGCUAGCGCGCCAGGCACAUAAUCUAGAUGACCUUGGCGCCUAUCAGGCCGCAGCGCUUUCAGUCAGAGAUAACUUGAUUCUGAACUGGGAUGACACCCAGCUCACUUAUACGCGGAAAGCCCCCAAGAGGGCUUACUACCUCUCUCUUGAAUUCCUGAUGGGUCGUACUCUCGAUAAUGCGCUUCUGAAUCUGGGUUUAAAGGACCAGUACAAAGACGGAGUAAAGGAGCUGGGCUUCUCCAUCGAAGACCUUUUGGACAAGGAACGUGACGCUGCCCUUGGGAACGGCGGAUUGGGUCGUCUUGCUGCUUGUUAUCUUGAUUCGUCUGCUUCUCAGGAACUCCCAGUUUGGGGCUAUGGACUGAGAUACAAGUAUGGAAUCUUCCAGCAGCUCAUUUCUCCGGAGGGAAACCAGUUGGAGGCCCCCGAUCCAUGGCUGGACAAUCAAAAUCCUUGGGAGCUUCCUCGUCUGGACGUGGCCUACGAAGUCCGUUUUUACGGGCAAGCGGAGCGUUUGAACGAUGGCACUCCUCGCGCUUCAUGGACAGGUGGUCAAGAAGUCCUCGCCGUUGCUUAUGACGUUAUGAUUCCUGGAUGUUACACCAAGACUACGAACAACUUGAGACUUUGGGAGAGCAAACCGAAACGGGGGUUCGAUCUCAACUCCUUCAAUGCUGGUAACUAUGAGGGUGCUAUCGAAUCGUCCAACAGUGCCGCGGCCAUCACCUCUGUCUUGUAUCCCAAUGACCAUACAUCCUUCGGAAAGGAGCUGCGUUUGAAGCAGCAAUAUUUCUGGACCGCUGCUAGUUUGGCUGAUAUUCUGAGACGAUUCAAGAACCUCGGCAAAUCGAUCACUGAAAUCCCCGACUACAUUGCAAUCCAACUCAAUGACACGCACCCGACUCUUGCUAUUCCCGAACUCAUGCGUAUUCUGAUUGACGACGAGGACCUGGAUUGGAACAAAGCCUGGGAAAUCGUGAAUAACACGUUUUUCUAUACCAAUCACACUGUAUUACCCGAAGCUCUAGAGAAAUGGCCGGUGCCAUUAAUGGAGCAUGUGUUACCAAGACACAUGCAGAUCAUCUAUGACAUCAACCUGUUCUUCUUGCAAGCCGUCGAGAAGAAAUUUCCUGGCGAUAGAGACAGACUGAGCAGAAUGUCUUUGAUUGAAGAGGGUUUCCCUAAACAAGUCCGAAUGGCGUAUCUGGCAUGCAUCGGAAGCAAGAAAGUCAACGGUGUGGCCGAGUUACAUAGCGACCUUGUCAGAACUACUAUCUUGAAGGACUUCGUUGAAUUUGAGGGCAUCAGCAAGUUCGGCAACGUAACAAACGGAAUUACUCCGCGACGAUGGCUCGACCAGUGCAACCCUGAGCUCAGCGACCUCAUUAGCAAAACAUUAAAGGUUGAGAAGAGCGUCUGGUUGAAGAGUCUUGAUAAGCUUGAGGGUCUUCUUCCUUUCGCCGAGGACGCUCGAUUCCGAAGAGAAUGGGCGGCAAUUAAGCAGCGCAACAAAGAGCGUUUGGCGCACUAUGUCCAGACGACUCUAGGAUUUACGAUCAACACUCAUGCCAUGUUUGAUGUUCAGAUUAAGCGUUUGCAUGAGUAUAAGCGCCAAACUUUGAACAUCCUUGGUGUCAUCCAUCGAUACCUGACCUUGAAGGCCAUGACUCCGGAAGCACGCCAGAAGGUUAACCAUCGCGUCGUAUUCUUCGCUGGCAAGGCGGCCCCAGCUUAUUACAUUGCCAAACUCACCAUUCGAUUGAUCGUAAACGUCGCUCGUAUCAUCAACGCUGACCCGGAUACCAAAGAAUAUCUCACCGUUUAUUUCAUUCCAGAUUACUCUGUGUCGGUCGCAGAGGUGUUAAUCCCGGCUUCGGACAUCAGUCAACACAUCUCAACUGCUGGAACUGAGGCUUCGGGUACUUCGAACAUGAAAUUCUGCUUGAACGGAGGCCUACUUGUGGGUACCGUUGAUGGAGCAAACAUCGAAAUCGCUGAAUCGGUUGGCGAGAGCAACGUUUUCUUCUUUGGUCACUUGACGCCGGACGUCGAGGACAUACGAUACCAACACAUGUACCAUCCCAUCCCGAUCGAAGAGAAGUGCCCAGCGCUGGCCAACGUUCUUAACAAGAUCUCCGGUGGUAUGUUUGGAGAUGGAGGCGUUUAUGAACCUCUCCUCAAAACCAUUAGGCAAGUCGACUACUACCUGAUUGCCGAUGACUUUGAUUCAUACAUUGCGGCGUUGGCAAUGGUCGAUGAGGCCUAUCUUGACAAGACAGAAUGGAUCAAGAAAUCAAUCAAGACCGUGGCCAAGAUGGGGAAAUUCAGCUCAGACCGAGCAAUCCUGGAAUAUGCUGAGAGCUAUUGGAACGUGGAAGCCAUUUCUGUUGCCAAGUAGAUAGGCAAUAUUGAUUGUAAAGAUUAGACGAAACGCCAUAAGAUGAAUGGACGGUAUACACG